AAAUGAUUAGCCAUAUGGUUGGUUCUCAAUUCUAGACUUCCCGCCGCUGAGCGUGACUGUGGUUGAGAAAACGUAUAACCUACUACAUCACUUUUAACCAUGCCUAAAACUAAAGAGGUGCUGUCUUCCACUUCUGGUAGUGAUUCUGACAGUGAAGCAGAAACAAAGGCCAAAAGAAAGAAGGCAAGUGCCCGUGAGAAGCCUUCAAAAAAACAGAAAAGUGGAGAGACCUCCAAACCAAGCGGCUCUGCUAAAAGUGAUAAAAACAGUGAUGAUAACCUGUUCCAGAUUGGGAAGCUGAGAUAUGUCAGUGUCAGGGAUUUCAAAGGCAAGGUUUUGAUUGACAUUCGAGAGUACUGGAUGGACCAAGCGGGUGAAAUGAAGCCUGGAAAAAAAGGCAUUUCAUUGAAUCCUGAGCAGUGGAACCAGCUGAAGGAACAAAUGACGGACAUUGAUGAUGCAAUUAAAAGAUUGUAAAAUCUCUUUGUACAUUAAUAUCUGGCAAAUUCUUUUUAGAAUUCCUUACUCUGGUACACAGGGACUUUGUUAAAGAACUGUUCCCCCUAUGAUCCAACUUGUACUAUAUGUUUGCUGUUAAAUUGAAGAGAGAUUUUUUUUUUGUUGUUUUGUUCAAAUGUUGUCAAAUUCCAACUGUCUGCUGUUAAUGCUGAUGUCUGUGCAUAAUUUGUUUUGACUUUUUAAUAGUUUGAAUUAGCUGCAUUGUUUCUUAUUUUCCUACACAAUAAAGUCAUUUUUGGUUUGGAGAGUUCAGUGUGUGUCACUGAGUACAUUGUACCUAUAGUUGUAAAAGAAUAUUAACCAUGUAACUGCUGAGUUUUCAAAGUAGUAGUAUAAUCCUGAUAAUAAACAGAACUGAAAUGGACGACAGACAAUAAAUGAAUUUGGCACUUCA